AGAACAUUUUAUUAUUGUUGUUACACCAAUAAGCCACCAGAUGACUCUAUUUUCUACAGUAUUGGUGCCUCUUGACGUAAGACAAUUCAAAAAGUAAAACCUUUAUUAUUCACUCAAUUAUAAUAACCAAACUUUUUAAAACAAUUUUGGGCUCUAGUGCAAUUUAUUUCCCAGUAAUCCAACAGGAAAGACGCAAGGAAAAAAAGCAAAAAAGAAAUGCGGAGGCAAAGGAACCAAGCGGGAGUCGAACUCGGGCCGCCCGAUCAACCCAGUGUCACCGAACUUAAUAGAAAACAAAAAACAAGUUGUGUGAUGCAUCUAUAGAAUAAAUGAGUUCCACAUUUAGAAAUUAAUUGUUGUAAAAAAAAAGAAAGAAAGAAAGUUUACAUCUAAAUAGUUCAUAAACUUGUAUUGUUGUUACAUAAAGACGUCAGCAGAGGGAGACGUGUUCUACACUAAGUAUUAAUGUUGCAGCAGCAGGUCGCCACUAAAUGGCUGUAUUUGACGUAUCCUUCUUCAGUAACCAUAGAAACCUCCAGUACAACAAUUCCGACACGACAAGAUGGAGCGAAACGAGGCAGCUGAGCUCUCCUUGCUUGUAAAAUCAUUGCGGUUUGAGAGACAGUUAAAGGAGGAACUUGAAACCCCCCCGCCCAGUAUGAUGGACAGCACUGUGUGGGGCUUAUGCAGAGGCUUCACCAUCGGACAGGGGCACGUUAGGAUUCGGGCAUAUAUUAAAACCUGGGAUAUCAAGCCCGUUUGGGUCUACAACGUGGACUAUCUCCGCCCGGAACUGGACGAUGACUUUAAGAUCCACCUCUACAGGGCCAUUUUCAUGGCCCCUACGGCCAGAAAACCAAUAGAGGACAGGGUCAACAUCUACUUCGCGAUGGAAAUAUCGAAAACCGAGCCCGGAGCGCCGGUGGAGGUCCGCUUCAUACUCGAGUCCAGGCGGCUCAUACACACUCCGGGGAGGAGCAAGUUCAGCGAGAAGUGGUUGACCGACAUUACCGAAACCAAGGCUUUAUUCCAGAGAAUGAUGGAGUCAUAAAUCAGAUGGCCACCAUAUAUAACAUUCAGUUAUAUAACAGGCCCUGUGUAUGGACUUUGGUCUCAGCUGAAACGACCUGUUUAAAAACACACCUAUGUUAGGUAAAACUGUAACAACGCCCUGGCGAUUGAGAGCUCGUUCAGAGGCAGCUCAGUUAAAGGACGUGUUGGCUUACCAAAUAAAGCGUACUGAAUAGCAACAUAAUCGUAAGAGAAUGUGUCGGCGAGUGAAAUUGUUCUGGUUAAAAAUGUGUAUAUAAACGUU